UAUACACUCUACAAACAAAGCGUGUGUGUCACGCUACGACAACUGAGAGCGUGGGCGCACCGAGUCGGUGUCGCAUUUAUUCGCAAAGGACCAAGCAGCCGCCUACGCAGCGUCUGUCAAACAACAACAAGCACUGACAGGCAGUCGGAGACCUUUUUGGCUGGCCAGCGCGAGAACUGCGCUCAAGGGGAGUUACUCGAGCUGCGGCGCCAAGAGGACGUCGCUAGGUCGUAGGCCUUUCGAGCGUGUCGCUGCUUUAGCGACGGGCUGGAACACGAGCGCAGACAGCCGCGCGCUCGCGCGCCCUGCGGACAUUGUACCGUAUCCUAAGCCUGAUUGCGCGGUCUCGGAGAAAGUUGCAGUGCGUAGCGGUUCAGACCGAGAGCGGGUCAUCGGAUGGACCUUCAUAGACACUUAACAGCAGCGAGAGGGCAUCGCUCCUCUCGAGCAGGGCAGCCUGGAGCUGAGUAUGAUCUACUUGCAUGCCUUGCGGACGCGGCAGCAGUUGCUCCGCAACCCUCGUCAGCCGAGCCGCGCGCUGCGGCGCCAUCUGGCUUGGCCGAGCUGCACCCCCCGAGCAGCGGAUUUGGCGCUGCUCGCAUCUCGCCCUCGCCAGCAGCCGAGGACUUGAUAGACAGCGUGGGUUUGUCCGGAGAGCGGGAGGUGCGCGUGGUGUGUAACGGCAACUACGGCACCUUCCUGCUGCCCUCGCAAACGGUUCACUGCCAUUGCGCACGCUGCACCAGCGGCGGCGCAGACGGCGGAGCUGGUGAUGGCGCGGGCAGCGGCGUGGGGCAGUCGCGGCAAGCCCCGGCCAUCACACCCACGGAGUUUGAGCGGCACAGCGGGUUGCUCACCGCCAAGAAGUGGCGCAACAGCAUCCGCCUGGAGGCCGGUGACGGCACUAUCACCAUUGGCAAGUGGCUGGAGCAGCACAACAUCCUGCCGCGGCCCAAGUGCAGUGGCCCGCCGCUCGGCUCGCCGGGACCUGGAGGCUCGGGCAACGUGGGCCUGCUCUACGGCCUCGACGGUGGGGUGGGUGGCGGCGGCUACCCCGGCCACGCCGGCCCCUCCUCGGGCAACGACAGCCACCACACUGGCAGCCACUUCGGCCUGGCACACGGGCACGCUGUCUUUGGUGGCCUUUCGGCCGGCGUUGCCGGCAUGGGCGUCGGCGGCGGGAUGGGCAUGGGCGCUGGUGCGCCGGCGCUGCGCAGCACGCUGCCGCCCAGCCGCUACCCCGCAUCCGAGUACGUCACCGGCGAGGACGACGAGUAUGAUGACGGUGCCAUGGCGUAUGGCGACGGCAGCGGCGCUGGAGCUGGCGGCCAUGAGGACGACGCCGAUGAGGACGUGGACUACGUUGACGGCGUGUACAUGGACGCGGAUGGCAACCACCACCCAGUACGCCACGGCCAUGCGGCCAAGCGUGCGGCACGCCUUGCCGGCGGUCACCCGCGGUCACGCGGCCCGAUCGGCCGCGCCGGCGUUAGCGGCGGGCCGGGCGCCAGCGGCGGCAGUCAGGGCGGCCGCACGGCUAUGGCCGGCCGGCACAAGAGCCGCCACGGCCUGACUCACAUGCGCCGUGCCGCUGCGGCAGCCGCAGCCGCGGCCGCUGCAGGCAGCGCUGGACGCCAGCGGCGUGGCAGCAGCAGCCAGGACGACGGCGGCGACAAGCGCGGCCAGGGCCACACCAGCAGCGAGGCUUCGGAUGACAGUAAGCGCCGGCCAGGCUCUGGUGGCAGCGGCGAGGGAGACGGCAGCGGCACCGGCGACGUCGGCGACUCGCGCCGCCCCUGUGGUGACGCUGAGCCCGGCAUCAAGCGCGAGGACGGCCAGGCUGGCAUCCAGACCAAGCAGCCGCAAACUAACAACCAGAACCAGGCCCGGCACCUCGGCCUUGCUAAGCGCCCCGCCGCCGACUUCCUGGCCGGGGCUGCGGACGCCGCCGCCGGCCUUGCCAGCAAGCGGUCCCGCGGCGGACGCCUGGGCCCGGGUGGCAUGAGCGCCGAGGAGGCGGCUGAGCUGUACGACCCCCUGAGCCAGCAGCCGGCGCAGGGGCCGCAGAUCCGCGGCUGGCGCUUCCUCGACGCCUCUGCGGGCGUGGCCGCUGAUCAGGUGAUUAUGAGCAUCGAGAUAAAUGGCCGCACCUUCACCGGUCUGCUCGCACCACAGCAGCAGACCGCUGCCGCUGGUCGGCCGCCGGUCACAGGCGGCGCGGGCGCGCUUCUGCCCUCCGGAGGCUCGCAGGGCCGGAGGCCGAGCCUGAGUCGCGGCGCCCUGCUAAGCAGCGGCGGCCUGGCCCGCUUCCCCGGGCCCCGCAGCACGGGCCCCUUCGCAAGCGGCGCUGCGCCUGCUGAAUCCGAGAUGGUGGAGCUCCGCCCCGAGGACGACCUGCCCUACGACGAUGGCAUGCCCGCCGACUGCCCGCGCUGCGCCCUGUGCAAGCGGUGCGCGGUGCCGCGCCUAGCGCUGCCCAAGAUCGAGGCCGGCACGCCCACGGGUGCGGCGGCUGUCGCGGCGCUGGAGGCUACCACAACUGGCCCGCUCUCCAUCAAGGACGCCGCGACCGUGCAGCCCCUGGAGCUGCCGGUGGAGCGCGCGGGGUCUGCGACGGGCGCGCUCGCCAUCCCGGCCGCCGACGCCAUUGUGCCCAUCCUGACGCCGCCCGAGGACGAGCAGCCGCUGCCGGCGGAUGCUGAGAUCACCGUCAAGACUGAGAAGGCCAACACUGAGAUGGAGAUUGACGAGAUGGUGAAGGCGCCGGAGGCCUGGGUGCCGGACCGCCCCAGCGAUGGCGCACCGGUCCUGCACCUGCCCGACGGCCCGCUGUCGGCCUCGCAGCCCGACCUGCCCGCCACCACAAUGGCGGCGCCCGCCGCCGUUGCUGCUGCCGUCGCUGCCCUUGCCGUGCGCGAGGCGUCCCGCACCACGCGCCAGACGGGCUGCGGGCUGGGGCCCAUGCUGCAGGUCAAGUGCGCGGGCGACCCAGAGCCCAAGCUGGUGCACUCGCAGUGCGCGCUGUGGUCCAACGACGUGUUCAUGGUCGCCGGCACCCUGUGCGGUAUGUCCACCGCCAUAAAGCGCGGCGGCACCCGGCGCUGCGCGCACUGCGGCCGCUCCGGCGCCACGCUGUGCUGCUGCAGCGGCAAGUGCGGCCGUGCCUACCAUCUGCCCUGCGCUAUCGAGGCCGGAGCCACUCUCGUGGCCGAGCCCUACGCCAUGGCUUGCCCCGAGCACAAGAACGCCGCUGUCCAGCACACCGGCUGCUCCUCCCAGCAGCAGGGCGCCCGCGCCGUCGUGCCCCCUGCGCGCCAGCUGCGCCCCGCCGCCUCGAUGGACGCCUCCCAGAACACCACCAGCGCCACCGCCAUCACUAUGGCCCACGGCGCCUCGUCGCAGCCGCCGCAACAGGUGGCGCUGCCGCUGUCGCUGCAGAUGUCCACCGGCCGUCGCAUUGUCCUGCCGCCCGCGCCCACCACCGCCGGCUCGGGCGAGCUGCCGCCGCGCCAGGGCUCACGCUCGGGUGCGGCGUCGCCGACCAGCGACGUCGGCGCCGGCUUGCCCGCGCUUAUGAUGCUGCGUGGCAUGCCCUCUGACAGCGCCGCGGCUGCCGCCGCUCUGGCGUCCAUGCCGCCGCCCCGCGCGGCCGGGACGCCCGGCGCGGCUGCUGCUGCCGCGGCGGCUACUGCCGCUGCCAUGGCGAUGGCAACAUUGGCGCCUGCGGAGCCUCCGGAGUCCAAGAGCGCCCGCACCUCCAAUGAUGGCCACAUGCUGCGUACCGGCGAGGAGAUUACAGGCGCCGACUCAGCGCAAGCAGCUGCUGCCGACCUGGCGCUGGAGUCGCCGCGUGGCGCUGCCGAUAGCGCUGCGGCCUCCAUGGCUGCUUGGCUCGGCCAUGCCGCUCUGUUUGCGCGCCGCGCCGCCGCUGUCGCCGCCGCCGCAGGCACCUCGGCGUCCGCGGAGCCGGGCACCACCGCCGCCACCGGACUGUUUGCCGGCGUGAGUGGCGGCCAGGCGGAGUUGUCCGUCAUGUCCGACGCGACCGCCGUUGUCCUAGGCAGUCAGCAGCAGCUGGCCGUGGGCACCAAGCGGCCUCGCGAGGAGGAGGCCACAGAGGCAGCCGCCGCGGCUGAUAUCGCGGCCGCAACGCAGCCUGAGGCGGCGCUGCCGGAGGAGGAGGCCGAGGCCAUUGCAGCCGUCGCUGCCGUGCCUGAGAGCCUGCAGGUGCCGCAGCCGUACACUGUAAGCGCUCAGCAGCCCCAGCAGCAGCAGCGCCUGUCGCUGCCCCCCGGCCUGGCCGUCAACACUGGCACUGCCGCCGCGGGCACGCUGAUGCCGGCGCGCUUCCUCGGCCGCAACGACGCCGGUGCCGCUGGCGACGCUGAGGAGGAGACCGCUGCUGAUACAGGGUACGAUGCAUUCGGCAACGCCAAUGGCGGCCUGAUGCUGACGCACGACGCUGCGAUGGCACUGCUGGAGCAGCAGCAGCGCCGUGCCAUGGCCGGCAUUGCCCCCGACGCGCUGCACAUGCUGCUGAUCCAGCAGCGGCACCCUGGCGGCGGUCCCGGCGGCGAGAGCUCCGUCGGCAGCCCCUUCCCCGCUGCCAGCCAGCCCGUGCGCGGCAUGCCGGGCGGCGGCGGCCGCCCGCGCCAUCACCACACCGGCUCGGCCCAGCCGUCAAGUUCACUCCCGGCGCACGCGCGCAGUGCUGGCGCCGCGAUGCCCGGCGCGAGCGGCGGCGUUGCCGCUCUGGGCGGCGUUCGGCCGGUGGUGCGUAUGGACAGCGCGGAGGAGAUGGCAGCAGUGGCGGCCGCCGCGGCGGCUGCGGGCCACAACGGCCAGAACCUGAUGCACGUGCUGCCUCGCGCUGCGCGCAACAUCGAGGGCUUGCUGCCCUCGCGGCCGCUGCUGCACAACCCCUACGUGCCCAGCAGCGGCGACCCGUCGGCAGACCUCGCUCUGUCCAAGAUGGCGCAGACCGGGUCCCGCGAGGUGGAGGCUGAGUUGCUCGGCGGCACCACCGGCCGCGCCGGCCACUCCGGCCGCUGCGCUGUGUGCGUCAUCCAGCGCAAGGGCAAGUGCGGCACCGAGAGCGCGCCCAAGAAGUGCCUGCGCCGCCAGCUGGUGGCGCUGCAGCGCGCCAGUGGCGGCGGCCUGCUGGGUGUGGACGAGCACUUCGAGGCCGCCCUGCACCUAGACCCCGCCCUGUACGGCGCUGACUCCCUCACCGCGCUCGCCGCGAUCCAGCAGGCGCAGGCGCAGCAGCUGAGCUCGCAGCAGCUCGGCUCGCAAUCGAUGGGGUCGCACCAGCAAAUGCUGACUCCGUCGCAGCAGCAGCAACAACAGCAACAGCAGCAGCAGUCUCACCAGCUGAUGACGGGUGCGGGCAGCAUGAGCAGCGGCGCGCUGAACAACCUGGGUGCGUCAACCGGCGGUCCGGCUGGCCCCAGCAACGCAAACAACGGCAGCAGCGGCAACGGCAACGGCAACAAUGGCAGCGCGACCGGUGCGGCCAGCGGCGGCAAUGGCGGCGAGGAGGGUCACGGCUCGGAUGAGCGCGCGGCGGCGGCAGCAGAGCAGCGCGCACGGGAGCGCGCCCGCCGCGAGACCUGGUCCCUGCCGCUCGGCCAGGGCAGCGGCGCCACGGGCAAGCGCCCGCCGCAGCCGUACGCCGGCAUGUAAGGACGUUGCUGUCGUUCGCCGCGGCCGGGACGCUGUUGUCGCGACCGCGAUGGGUGGGUGUGGAUGUAAAGCGAGCUGCAUGCCUCUGUCAUGUGGCGAUUGGGAACCGUCCUUUCGGGGAGCAAAACAAGAGAGCGCACAAAAAAAUCCCUCAACGCCCAAGAAGCGGCUUGCCGGCGCAUGUCAUAAAGUUUUCUGGGGCCCAUGCGCCGGCGGCUGAUGACUAGAGUGCUAGUGCGCGCAAACCCAAACUGGGAUCUCGGGUCACUUCCUUUGCUGGGGCGUAAAUUUGAGCACCCCGGGGCCUGGAGUCCCAUAUCUGCUCACGAGGAAAGCUGUUUGGCGUUUGCCAAUUUGGUUGUGCCACCGGGCCGCGGUAUGUGGCAACCGGUAGGGCUGUUUGUUGGUCCGUAUCCUGUUUUUUGGCAUUGCGUGACGCGGGAUCUUGGCGGGCUCCAAAUGGACUUCGUAUCCGCUACCAAAGGAUUAAGGAAUUGCACGCCUCUGUUGGCCGGGCUGUGGCCGCUGUUUAGAGGUGUAUGUCGGCGUACUUUGGAUUUGUUUGGAUGUGGAAAUUGUCAGCUCGUCGGGAUGUGCGCGCCCGCUGCGGAUAGAUGGUUGGGAGGCGCCGUGGUUCGGGGCGCUUCCUGAGUUUGCUAUGCUAUGCUGCGAUGGGGCUCUGCUGCACAGAAAGACUCAGUCCCUGGUGUGGCCCCAACGGAUGGUCUGUGGUGUGAAAUGGCUGGUCAUGUGGGCAUCCCGUUGUGUUUGAGGAAUGCACACGAGUUUACGUGCGCUUGUCUGCGACUCCACCCUCAAAACCUAUGUAGGCAAUCUACUGCACAGCUGCGCUCAUGCAUAUGGAUCCCGCAAAGCUGCACGUCUGGUGUGUUUUUGUGGUUGCAUGCGCGUCCGGACGAUGUGCCGGCUACGUCAGGCGUUCAAGUGCCUCUAUACAGCGGUCACUACACUAUGAUAGUACUGCAAUAGGAAUGUUUCGCUGUUUUUGUUUUUCUGCAACAACGCCCUACGGCAAUAGUGUGGUGGAAGGUAUGCAGCCGCCGGUGGAUGGUAGCACGGCUGGUGUUGCAAGAGGCCGUGGUGAGGCUGUUCGUUGGAAGUAUCAAUCGGGAUAUGUCAUUCGGGAUACAGUUUAUGAGGCACAACGAAGUGCCCACGAUGGAGAUGGGAGUGUAGAGUUUGGAUUUUCCCUGCAAGGGUCUGUGGAUUUCCCUCUUUUAAGAACUGACAUCACGUUUCGCCCGUGGCCAGAAUCUGGCCCAGUUUGUUGGAUGCGUAAUUUGCUUAGCGCGUCCACCGUGGAUGGUGCGGCGUGUUCAUUGGGCUGCUCAUUGGCCCUGACACCCGCCCAUUUCGGUCCUGCGACAUGCAUGUUGCUUUUGUUUUGGCUCUCGGGAUGCCGACUUGCCCCCGGGGCGACGGCUCCGAGUAGUUUACAGUCGUCUUUCUGUUGCUAUAAGAAUAAGUUUGUGAUGUGGAACUGCAAGGCGCUGGCGCCGCAAGGCAGAAGGCAGGAGCUUGUGGUUCACAUAAUGAAAGGACGCGGAAGCGGAGGGGGGCGGGCGCUGGCAAUGGCAACACCGCUUGCAUAUAGAGGUGGCAUAGCACGCUGAUAUCAAGCCAGGCGGGGUAUCGCCUCGGCAAGGACAAAAAGAGAUUGCAGAGAAGAGAGAGAGUUUGUUUAGACUUUGCGGGAGCGGGGUGCGUCAAGCCGGGCAGUGGCGGGCGCGUGGCGCUUAGCUUUGUCCCUGGCCCCUUUCAGUGUGUCGGCGGUUUGGAAUGCAUGCAUGAUACUCCGGUGCGGAGUUACGGGUAUGGUGAGCGCUGGAGCGGAACAGGGCCAAGCCCGGGCAUGGCGAGUCAGAUGCGGCAGAGAUUGAAGCCGAGGUCCUUUCUCCCGUUGCUUGCGGGCUGCGAAGGCCAGGAAAGGGUGCCGCAUGUCAUGCAUGCAGUUUCACGUUUGUGUGUGUGUGUGUCCAUGUGCCAAUUUAAUGUGUGUAUUCCGCUGCAAACGGUGUAUGCUCUGUACGGCUCCUACGCUGGCCCGUGCUUGUGACGCGUGGAUUUUAUGUCUGUUUACGGCCAUGAAUGGGUGUGUGUGCCGGUGCCUCGAUGCAGAGGAUCGGUGUUUAGAACCGUGUUGUUUUAGUAUGUACCGGUUAUUCCGCCAAGGGGCGUGGACUGUUGCGCGCACCUGCCCACGGCAUUCGUGGCUGCACAAGGGACUGCAACAGAGGGCGCGGGACUGCGGAAGGUGUCGGGCUGGGAGCUUGCUGCCGUGCCAAGGCAACAACUGGAGGUUGCGUGUUUGAGGUAUUGCUGGCUCCCGGUGACAGUGCGGGCGCGGUGUGUGAGGUGACGGCGCUUGCGGCGCAAUGCAGUGGCUCGGGCAGUUGCUCUACUGGGGUCGUCUGUAUGCCUAUGAAGGUUAAGAGUGCGAUCAGGCAAUCCGUUCACGCCGAACUGAGAGAACGCGUGCGGACUGCGGUGUGUGCCCCAAGGGGGAUGUUCAACGUUGAACGAGGUCAAGUAGCUCCGUAAACUGUUGCUCGCCCGGAGACCCCUUAAGACCAUUCAUUUUGGAAGAGGCACCAAAAUCGUAAGCGCCCAUGUCGUGGUGGCGGGCGGCUGAUUUGAUCUUUUAUUUCAUCUGGACACCGUGCGCCAGUUGUGGGUAGGGUCCUGAGGAGGUUCGGGACGCACUGCCAUUUGAAGCCCGCCAAGGGUCGCAUGUGGACGGAGAAGAGAUGGUAUCUAUUUAAUUACAGUGUAAGGAGAAAGGAUG